GUAUGGUCGUGGCGCAUCACUGGCUCUCUCUCAUAACUGUAGUUAUGCUCGUGCUGGUAAGACGAUUGGAUUCAAAGACGUUGUCCGGAUAUAAUUUCAUUAAACAGAUUGUGGAAGUCAGAGUACAAUUGACUGAGACAGAAAUCACCAACUGACGUGUGCAGUAUCCCAUCACGCGUUCCUCAGCGUUCCUUUGGGCUAAACCGUUUUUUUAAUUCAAGGAAAAGAAAAAGUAUAGACUAGUUAAUGUAAACAAAAGCGGCAUCUGGAACUUGGAAUCACACAGUGUCGGGAUAACCGCCAGAUAACAGAGACAUUUGAUUAAUGCUGACAAUGGUGUGAUCCAUAAAACGGUACCUGGAGGAGAGAAAAGACAUUAACGUAUUCAUAAAUUGUUUGAUGUUGGCGAAUUUGGAUGCAAGAGAAACAGUAAAAGUACUUGGACAUUACAAAAGGCAUUUGUAACGAAACCUUGCACAUUAAUUGUUGAUUCUUUGUGUUACGGCAGUUUAAUUGUAAAGCAGAAGAGGCCUUAUUCAAAGAGAUCGCAACUAUAUGUAAUUGGUUUUAUGGCAGACUUACGAACUUACAUCUUUAUUAUAUUCAAACAUCUUUAAAAAGGGCUUAAUAUAUCACAUCAUAUUUAUUUUUAGUCUAAAGGAAUGCUUGCGUGAAGCAGAAAUACAUGUUUGUACAAAAACCAAUGAAACAUUUUAACACGCCCAAAAAACUGUGAUUGUAUUUAAUUGUAUUGAAUUGUAGUUGUUUAUAUAGUAACACACAACUCGUAGCAGAGCCUUCAUUUAAAUAGAGUGGACAUUUGAAAAGAACGGGUAAAAUCUACUUUCCCCGAUUAUUAUUCCGCAAACAAAACAGAGAUACCACUAAUAACUAUGUCUAGUCAAACGUAUGGUGUGGGACAACACGAGCCGAUUUAUGUCAACAACAGCAGUACCGGAUGUAAGGUGUGGUGGUGCGAUAAACAACCGACACUGAUAACUAUGGAAGCUAUCGUGAUUAUUUUAUGUUUUGUUGGAAGCUUCGGAAAUCUUGUUACAGUGUUGGCAAUCAUAUUUUCCAGUCUUCGUUACAGUGUAAACUGCAUCCUCAUAGGAAGUUUGAGCUUCGCCGGAUUUCUCUACUGUUCUCUGAUAUUGUCAAUGCAGGCCGUCAUAUUCCACAGGCAUUCGCACGACGUUCCCAAAGACUUCUGCUCGGCAGCGGGAGGGAUACGUUAUACGUUGACCGGUGUCAUCAUGGUGACGCUUGCGGCCAUUGCAUUGUACCGCUUCUUAAAUGUCGUUUACAUCAGCACGUACCGAUACAUGUCUGAGAACAGACAACUAGUGAUCACCUUGGUGAUAUGUUGGUUGUUGCCAAUGGUGUUCACCAUUCCGCCGUCUCUUGGGGUUUGGGGCGCUUUCCAGUUUCAGCCAUCUAUAUUGACAUGCACGUUUGACAAAAACGCCGAUCAAAGCAAUAGGGUAGCCAUGGUAACCGCAGGGUUUAUAGUUCCGUGUCUAUUUAUUUUGUAUUGCUACGCUCGCAUUGGAUGCACGGCAUACAGAAGUUUCAAACGAAUGAGUCGUUGGAAUGGUACAACACCGCAAGCAAAAGCGCUCCGCCUCUCCGCUAUGAUGCUUUGUAUAUUUUUAAUAUUCUUCUUAGGAACAUUUCCCUAUUUUGUUCUUAACGUUACGGACAAGGAGUUUAAAUAUCCCAUUCACCACAUAUGGACCACGAUGUUUGCAUGGGUGCUUUAUUGUUGCAAUCCUAUCGUUUACACGCUAAUGGACAACAACUUUAGAAAUGCGUACAAGAGAUUCUUAAUGGGUGAUUGCGAAAGGAAUCCAGUGCGGAGAGCCGGAAGUACAUUAUCAAGGGCAGCUUCCGUUUAGAAGCGAUUAGAGAUUUAAUAGUUCAAUGAUUUGUUUUCUUAUCUGUAAAAAUAUUUCUUUCAGAAUAUUCGUUAUAUCCUAUCAGUUUUCGAUUCCUUAACAAUGUAUUGGUUCCGAUUCGCUUUAGAUUGGUUUUCGAUAAUUGUUGUCAAUUUGUUGACGGCAUGACCUAUAUUUGUAUUCAGUUAAUGAAUAUUAAUUAUGAACAUUUACUAAAACAUUAAUGAUACACAUUCCUACCUAUCUCUAAUGAGUGAUUGGUGAUGAAACCAAUUUUGAAACACGCAUUGUUUUACGCCGAAACAAUGCGAUUGUUGUGUGUGCUUGCAUCCUAUCUAUUGUAAGAAUCUUAUUAUAUACCUAAUUUAAACAUAUUUAUUUCAUAGAAAUAGCAUCUGUUGUAUGUUUGAAUUUCAUAUGACAUUUAUAAAAUGUACAUGAACGAAAGACAAAAAAGAGAAACUCAUAAUAGGUUGACAUUUGAAUGCUGUGGAAGAUAAAGUGACAGAAGUGUCUGAAGAAAACAAACGAAACUUUGAAAGCACUGUUUGGUUAAAAAGAAAAAAACUAGGUAUCGUUCUGUAAAAUAUUUACGUAUCAAAUCGCUUACCAGUACUAUUAAUAAUAAAAAGGAUGAACUUUA